CAGAGUCAUAAGUGGUGACAUGAGAAGUCAAGCUCUGUUCUUCUUGUCUGCUCUGAUGGUUGUUGGCCUCAUGACAUGGGGGCUGUCCAUCGUUGCCUCUGUAAUACAGAAGUCCAGAAGAGUAUCAGCUAAACAAAAGCAUGCAACAGUUCCUGCGCCCAAGUGCGGGCUCUUGACGCUCUGCACAGCCGAUCAGUUUCCUGUUCACGUGUCCAGUGGGGCAGCAGAUAUUGUUGGACCUAAAAUCUGCUUCAAUGGCAAAAUAAUCAUGAGUCAUGUGCUCAACAACGUUGGACUUGGGCUCAACAUUGUGGUCGUAAACAUUUCAAGUGGAUCUGUGGAAAGUUCUACCGUUCUCAAUAUGAAAAAUGGAGCCGAAAAAGACAUCCUCCAACGCCUGAACUCUAUCAAACCUGGAAUGAUGGUUCUUGUGGCCUCUUUCGGUGACGUGACUUUAAAGAUGUCAGAUGAAAUACGAGACGUGUUCGUGGGGAUGGGAAGCUCUCUGGUCUCGUCAUUAAAAUACCGCGACAACUGGGUGUUUGUGGGAAGAGGCGGCACAGGAGACAAAAGCUUGUUUGAGAAGCGGUCAGUCAACGAUGCCAAGACCAACGUCUACGAGACAUACCCCGCGGUGGUGGAGGUGGCCGGGUGCUUUCCGAAAGACUGA